AUGUCGCCUCCCGGAACCCUCUACACCGACUACAACCAGACCGUCCUCGACCUGUUUGACUACGUCAUCUACCCGGGGAACGGCACAGUCUCAAACGUCUCAAACUGCUAUCUUUCUUUCGGCAGCUACCAUCCUGAAAUCUAUGCCGACGGCACCGUCGAGAACAAUGUCUCUUGUGAUAGUCCCUACUACGGCAUUGCCUCUCGAGGCGGCAUCGGCAUCGCCUUCGGCGCCCUCUCCAUCCUCAUGCUGCCCUUCUCCAUGAACAACCUCCAUCGACUGGGCAAAAUGCACGUCAAGCGCGAGCACAAGCGCUUCCGUCUCAUCAGUCGCAGAUGGCAAUGGUACUGGGUCUUUGUCAUCCAUGCCCUCUCUGCCGUCGCCGGCUUCCUCUCCAUCGACAUCGACCGCGACUACAUCCAGGGAACGUCUCUCACCAGCUACGGCGCAGUCUUUACCUCGAUAUUUCCCUGCUGUCUCGGUGCCGUCUGGGAGAUGACCCGUCAUUGGGGCUCCUUUGAAGAGCGACAGUCAUACGAGGAUGAUCCGUACGGAUUCCGCGACGACAAACUGCGCACAAACUACUUCCUCCUCGCGCCGAUCUUUGUCUACCUCUUUGGCUUCCUCUUCUUUCUCCUCACCGUCCUCCGCAACUGGACAAACGUGAUCCGCGUCAACUCAGACUUCAUCGUCGACUCUCGCUGGAAAGUCGGCAUCUUCCUCGGCGUCGUCUGCUUCAUCCUCAUCAUCACCCACGUCUUUGUCAUCCGCCACUAUUGGCACCCCAAGCGCCUGCCAUGGCGUAUCCCUCUCUGCUUCCUCGGCGUCGCCGUCAUGCUCUCGUACUCGAUCGCUCUCAGCUUCGACGGCUCUCUCUCGCCAUUCAAUCCCUCGUCGAGCGUCGUCGCCGUCUCGGUCUGGGGAUACAUCCCCGUUCUCUACCUCUUAUUUGUCAUGAACAUCACCGCGAAUUUCCAGAAAAACGACGACAAGGUCAUUCUCGAGCAGCGCGCCGUGCGCGAACAAGAGCGCAUGCGCGUCGCUCUCGAAACCGUCGUCGUCCACGACGAUGAUGAUGCCGGCGAGCCUACGGUCCUAGACGAGGAGAAAACUCUUGACGGUAGCAGUCCGCUUGCGUACUCGGCAACAUAUGACUUUGACGGCAAACCCCGUCCGUCGCAGAAGCGGACAUACACAAACGCGGAGAUUAAAGCGUUUGCGAGAGCGAACGCGAAACGCAGCAAUAAUACUGAUGAGCCCAGCUGA